AUGGAAAUGGGAGAAACGUACACAUUCAUUCAACGAGAUCGAAGCAACUACUUUCACCCAUUGGGAUUCUCCUACUCUGCAGAUGGGGCUCACGAUGGCAAGGAAGAAUUGGAACCUGGUGUGGGACUUGGAAGUGACAAAUCUUGUGAGGCUGACAAGACUUGUCCGGCACCCAUGUACAUGUUGAACGGAGAAUAUCUUGGGGAAUACAGCAAUAUACCAGCCGUCAAACCGCGCACCACGGGGACCGAAAAUUUUGGACUAGAUGACUAUGAACCACUCUUCUUUCGGCCACUUCCCGAGUGGGCCGCAUUGGGAGAAUUUGCUAUUAAGCUGAGGUUUGACGAUGCUAGUUAUGGCCAAGAUAUAUUCUAUUUCUGCCACAUACAUCAGUUCAUGGCAGGACGGAUCAAGCUUACUCAGAAUGGGCAGCUCGUGUCCCAGCGGGACAAACCAAAACUUGGCUAUACAUAUGACCAACCAGGGGCUUUUGAUCAAGUAUGCGGGACAUAUGGUCUCGAUGCUUGGACGCUCCCCAAUCCAAAUUGUCCAGAAUCCUUCGUUUGUGAUGCCGCGCCGGAAAUUCAAACCUAUUCUUCCUGCAUCGAGGCAAUGAACUGCCAUAUGUUCGCAGGAAUGACGACGAAGGUAUCGAGUCGAAGUGAGGUCGCGCUGUUCAUCCAUCAAAUGAUUCCCCACCACCAGAAUGCUGUCAACAUGGCCAAAACUUUGCUCAUCACUGGCAAGUCACCGUGCAACGAUUUGACAAAUGAAGAUGAUCCAUUGUGCACUAUGCAAGUGAUCCUCUAUGAAAUCAUUAACGGGCAAAACUUUCAAAUCCAGCAGAUGCGGGGUAUUCUGGAAUCAUUACAGCUCCCAGCUAGCGAUGACUGCGUUGUGGAUAGCGGCACUACAGGGUUCCAUCCCGCACCCAACGCUGCUCCUGCCUUGCCACCAGCCUACUCGCAGUCACUCGACGAAGCAGACACACUUUUCAACCAAGUGGGGGCAAACAAACGAAAGAAAAAAGUUACAAAGACACGCCGCGAAAAUAUCCGAGCACCUUCGAAAGCGGGAAACCAUAGAUUGGCGGAAGGGGAUGAAGAAGGGUAG